UAAUAACAACAACAACAAGAAAAGAAAACUAUACAGAGAAAGAGACACACACACACACAUAUACCGAAUAAAAAGCCAUUACCGCCUAUCAAACAAUGUAUCUAUAAGAUUCGUAUGCUCCAUAUGUGCAUAUAGAUGUACUAGAACAAAACAACAGCAAAAACAAUACAAACAUUUUAAACAGAUGUACGGAAUCUAGCAAACUAUGCUUAAUACGUCAACUAGAACGGGAACACUUUAUUCAAUACAACAAAAGGCACACAAAUCUCAUUCGACACAGAGAAACAGUUCAAUCAACAUAUUAUAUUCUAUUAACAAACGUGCAAAUACACAAACAGCAAAAAAAAGAUAAAUAAACGUUUAAAAGCCCAAAUACCAAUAAAAAUAUACAGUAAACAAAAUAUACAACACACAUACAGCAAAAUAAAGUAUAAGUGUUCUUUAGUCCCAUCAUCAAAACUCAUCAGCCCCAGGAAAAAAUCAGCCAUAAAAUUAGUCAACUCUUUCGAGCCCAUCCGAGUUCCAAAUUUCAAUACGCACAUUGCGUUUUUCAUAGGCGCCACCACCAGUAAAUCAAGCAAUAAUAAUAACAACACCAACAUUACCUUAUAACCAAUUUUCAAGACGUUCAAGAAACCAAGCUUCAAAAGCUCGAAGGGUGUAGUGGAGGAGAGAGAAAGCAUCAAGAUAGUGAGAGAGCUGCCAAAAUGCAUAUUGAAAUCCAAGUGGCUCUGAAUUUUGUCAUUUCGUAUCUCUAUAAUAAAUUGCCACGGCGACGUGUGAACAUAUUUGGAGAGGAAUUGGAGAAAGCAUUGCGUGACAAAUUCCAAGGACAUUGGUAUCCAGAAAAGCCCUUCAAGGGCUCGGCAUAUCGUUGUUUGAAAACUGGCGAUCCCAUUGAUGCAGUAUUGGCGCGUGCCGCUCGCGAGAGUGGCGUUCCUAUUAGCGAUGUCCUAGAGAAUCUGCCCAAUGAGCUAUCUGUUUGGGUGGAUCCCGGAGAAGUGUCAUAUCGAAUCGGUGAAAAGGGCGCUGUAAAGAUACUGUACACGGAGAAUAAUGAGAAUCAUGAGGACAGCUAUUCGGCAGAUCGUGAAGUUACCAAAACAUUCAAUCCGGAAGCGCAAUGCUUUCGUCCCAUCGAUGCGGUAAACACGACCAUGAAUAAUCUGAGCUUAAGCCCCAAAGCAUUGCCAUUGCCAUUGGCAUUGCCAUUGCCGUUGCCAUUGCAGAUGCCAAUGACGACAACACCAGCUGCUGCUGCCGCCGCCGCCGCUGCAGCUGCUGCAGUGGCAGCAGUUGCUGGCUCCUCGCCGCAUUCGGCUGCGUCAAGUUCCUCGCCCACAUAUCCACAUCAUAAGGGCAGCCCGAACCCAAAUGGCAGUGGCGCCAGCGGUGGCAGUCUAUCAGGUGCUGUCAAUAACAGCAACAAUGUGGCUGCCACUGCUGCUGCCUCUGCCUUUAUGCAGCGCGCCGCCCAAGCACCACUAACAUUCACCACGGCUACCUUUGCUCAAACCAAAUUUGGCAGCACCAAACUUAAGACUAGCUCCAAGCGCACCAAUAGCAGCUCCUACCGCAUGUCCCCCACUGAAUUCUCCAACUAUAUCAAGCAACGUGCCAUGCAACAGCAGCUGCAUCAUGGCCACAAUGGGCUGGCUAGCCAAGCUGGUGCAGCGUUUGGAGCGCUAGACGCCGUAUCGCCAGCACGCUCACUCUCACCUAAUCCUCUAGCGCUGGGCGCAAAUCCAGGCAAUUCUGCUGCUGCUGAUACCUUCUACUAUCCCAACAUUGCCAUGGGCUUGUAUUCGCAGUUCAACAGCCAACGCAAUCUCUUCGAGCCACAUUUUACUCCCGAUGCAGCCGGCCUGAGUCUCUACGGUAACAAUGCCGCCGCCGCGGCUGCUGCUUCCACUGCUGCUGUGAGCAGCAAUAAAUUCAGUGCCUAUAUGGAGCCCUGUUACUAUGCUAAUGGACAUGCGGGCAAUCCACAGCAGCAGCAGCACUACGAGCAACCUGGCAGUGAAAAUGUGUUUGGAUUAGAUACUGACUGCAGUCUGGUUAACACCGCUGGUUUGGAGGAGGCCAUCAAUGCGGCAGCUGGCGUAGAGAUCUCCUCGCCGGACAGCAGCCCCAUUGGCACGCCCACUGACGUUGCCAGUUUGGAGACAGUAGCAGCAACAGCUACAACAACAACAACAACAACAGCAGCAGCAGUAGCAUCAUCACCAACCACAGCUACAGAUACACCGCCAGCAACACCAGCAGCAACCACAGCAGCUGCAACUACUACAGUUGGUGGCAGCAAUCAGGAGACAACUGCUGCUGCUGCUACUACCAGCAACAAUAAAAUCAUUGAUGGUCUUAACUCAUUCUACGCUGCCGGGUCCACCUAUCAGCAGUUGUUGGUUGCCAACUAGAAGACUCCGAACAGCAGCAGCAUCGACUGCAGCAGCAGCAGCAACAACAACAACAGGGCCACAAAAAAACGCAGACAUAAACAGAAAAUCACUGCAAGCAAACAAUUAAAGAAAUACUAGUAACAAUUUAUAAACCAGAGAGUACGGAGAGCAAGUGCUUACCAAAGGAGAAAACAAAAUCAUAAUACAAAUUAUAACUGUAGCCAUUUAAACACUAGCCUCGAACCCGACAAACUCAUGUGUAUCAAAAGCAAAACAAAUGUGUGUACAAAACGAUUAUAACAACAACUAGAAAAGCAA